UGUUCCAACCUUAACUUAACGAGUGUUAAUGUUUGUCCAAUUGCUUUCGACGAAAAGUAAAGUUCGAAAGAAAUAGUUUAUUUAAUUUUUAAAUAUUGCAUUUAAAAAAAAGCAAUAAUUAUUAAGGGUGAUAAAAAGGCAAGUCUGUGUGAGUAUCGUGUAUAUGUAUUGUUCAUUAGUUUCUAAUAGAAGAAAAGUGUGUGUGGUGCGAAAAAAGAUUGAAAAUAUGUGCAGAUAUAGUGACGUAUUUCCAUCUUGACAUCUCAUUGAACUAAAAUAAAAGUUCAUAAUGUGGGGGGAAUUUGAGGAACCACCAGGAACCGUGGAAGAAGGUCCACCUGAAACACUUUUGGAAGCAAAGAAGACCUGCAAGCAAAAUAAAAAUCAGUUGGAAUCUCUUAAAGAAAUUAUGUUGAAAAACAAACAAAGUUUGAAAAAGAAAGAAGAAGAAGUGCAGGAAUAUGCUAGUAGGCUAUCAAAAAUUAAAUCUAGGACUAAGUUGUCGAAACGUAGUAAAGAGGGUGCUUCAACAUCCAAAGAUGUAGAACACCCAUCUGAAAUUGAUACAAGUAUAAGAGAUAUUAGUCAAGCGACAACACCUAAAGCUAAAUCUUCUUUGCUUCAAAGAAUGUUGGUAGAGAAUAGGAAAGUAUUUGAACAGCGUAACAAAGAAAUGACAGAAACUAAGCGAGCUGUAGAAGAAAAAGUGGAAGCCAUUAGACAACAAUUAGAUGAAAAAGAUUUAGCAAUGAUGGAAUUGCAGAAAGAUCAAACUGUAACACCUGUAAUAGUUACUUCUGAAAUGGUAAUACCAGUGCCCGAGUCUACUUAUAUUCAGGAGAAGGAUAACGAAAUAAUAGAACUUAACAAUAAGGUUUCGGAGUUACAAGCAAUUAUUAUGGAUCUUCAAGAAAAUUUGAAAGAAAAGGAUUCGGUUAUUGAUUCAAAGACUAAAGCUAUAACGCUUAUGUCAGCUGAUCUUUCUAAAAAGGGUAAAACGACAUUAGAUACGCUUGAAGAUACGAAAGGUGAAAUGCGAACAAUGCAAGAACAUUUCGUUUUAUUAGAAUCAUCAUUAAAGCAAAAAAAUGAUAAUCUUCUUCAGCAACUUCAUGAAAGGGAUGAUAAAAUAUUAGAAUUAGAUGAUACGAUUAAAAGAUACGAAAAUGAACUGGCUGAACAAAAAUUAUCUGAGAUAGCAAACUCUGAUUUGUCGCGUUCGACUUUGGAUACUUUGGCUGAUACAAAAAGUGCUAUGACAUCUAUGCAAGAAAAUUUUAUUCUCAUUGAAUCUUCCUUAAAAAUGAAAAAUGAUAAUUUACUUCAACAAUUGCAAGAUUAUGAAAUUAAAUUAGCAAAAGCUAAUGAAAAAAUAUUUCAAUUAGAAUCUGGCAAAGGUAUUGUAAAAACACCUUCAAUAGAAGAUUUACAAUAUAAUCUAAAUAAAUUAAAAGAAAAUAAUCGUCAAUUGCAAGAUGAAAAAUAUGAACUUCAAAAGAGUAUCGCUGAUAUGCAAAAUAAGAUUAUUGAUUCCAAAUCUAUGCAUGGAAAUGGUGCUAUUAUGGAAAAAGAUAACAGGAUAGCAGAACUUGAAAACUUAGUAGAAGAACUUAAAAAGUCCAAUGAUUUGCUCGAAGAGGAAUCUAAGACUGAAUUACAAAAGCAGCUUGCAGAAUUAUCUGUGAAGAAUGAAGAUUAUUCUAAUAGAAUUAUGGAACUUGAAAAAUUAGUGCACAAUCUUGAAAUAGAAAAGAAUGAAAUUGCAUCUCAACUGCCAUCUGAACUUUCAAUUCAAAAAGAAAACGAAAAAACUCAAAAACUUAUUAAAGAAUUAGAUGAUUUAAAUAAAAAUAUGAUUAAAAUAAAAGCUCAACACAAAAGUAAAGUAAAGGGUUUACAAAAGCAAUUGGAAAACUUCAAAAUGGUGUCCGACACAAAUGCGGAGCUCGUUAGGCUGGGAAAUCAAGUUGCUUUAUUGGAGGAGGAGAAAGGUAACCUUCAGCUGAGUCUGGUAGACUUUGACGAGCUUAAAGCAUCUGCAGGAGAUUGGCAAGAACGCAUAACAGAGCUCGAAAGCAGAGUAUCCAUGCAAACUGAUGAAAUACAAAAAAAUAUUGAUGCUAUAGCUAUUUUGGAAAAUCAGAAAUUAGAUCUUAUCCAAGAGCUACAUUUAAUAAAACAAAAAGUUUCCAAAUUAGAAGCAGAAGUUGCGGAUGCUGAAAAUCAUAGAGUAACCGCAGAAAUGAAAGUAGUCGAUUUAGAGGAACAAUUGGAGUCAGUGCACAAAAUAACAGAAAAUAAAUUAGAAAUGUCACCUAAUGUAAAUGAGCUUCUUCAAAAGAUAGAAACUUUACAACAAGAGAAUACAGAACUAUCAAGUAAAUUAACCAAAUUGGAAGAAAAAAGUACUUCUGAUGCAGGAUCAACCGAAUCGUUUGAAACUAUACAUGAAGUUGAUAAAAAUGAAUUAUUGAAAAAGAUAGAAGAUCUUACACAAAGAAAUGACGAAUUAACGAUAAAAUUAACGAAAUUGGAAGAAAGAAAUAAUUCACAUGCUGGUUCUACAGAAUCUUUUGAGGCCAUAAAUGAUGUAGAUAAGAAUGAAUUAUUAAAAAAGAUUGAUCAGUUAACUCAGGAAAAUAAUGACCUUAUAGUAAAACUAAGUAGGAAUGAUGAAAAAGGAUCUUCUGAUACAGGUUCUACUGAAUCGUUUGAGCGUAUUCCAGAACAUAAUGAGAGUACAGCAAAGAUUGAGCUUCUUACUCAAGAGAACAAUGAUCUCGUAAUUAAAAUGACUAAACUCGAAGAAAAACUACUUCAUCUUGAAAAUAGUUAUUCUGAAAUAGUUGAAUCCAAUGAUAUCUUACAGAUUCGUAAAAAUGAGCUUGAUUUAAAGAAUGAGUCUUUAUUAUACUCAAAUAAUAAUCUAUCUACUGAAUUGACGAAGUUAAAAUCACAGAUAUCAGAUAUGGAAGAAGAAAAUACUAAUCUCCAAAAAAGAAUUGAAGUACUUAUCACAGAAAAUAAUGAUCUAGUUAUAAAAUAUACAAAGUUAGAGGAGCGUCUAAGUGUAAUUCAGGAGAAACAAUCCAAUAGUACAGAAAGAACAAUGCGUUCUAUUGAUAAUGAAGAUCAAAUGAAUGCUUUACUUUUAGAGAAAAAUAAUCUUGAAAAGGAAUUAAAAAUUGUAGUAGAGAAAUUAAUUGAACGUACUAAUAAUGCAUCGUUCUUUGAAAUAGAAAUGAAUGAUACAAAAUUAAAAAUGAAUAAGUUGUUAGAAGAAAGACAGGAAAUUAUUGUGAAAAUGCAACAACUUGAAGAGAUAAACCAACAGUUAAUAGAUGAUUUAAACAGAACUACUCAAGAAAAAGAAGAAUUAUCCAAUCAGAUUGAAUUUAUCAACCAAAAAGAAAUUAAAACAGAGGAGGGACAAGAAAUUAGUGCUGGGUUACAGGAGUCCAUAGAAAAACCUGAUAACAGUCAGCAGACAAAUGUAUCUGCAAUAUUGCAAGAUGAAUCUACUAUAAUUGCAUCGUUAGAAAAAGAAAUAAAACAUUGUAAGGAGUUAAUAACAGAACAGACAAAUAUUAUAGAAGAAAUGAAGUUGAAGUUAUCGAGUCAGGAAGAAGAAUUAGAAGAAAAAACUAAACAAAUACUUAAUUAUGAAGCAUCUGAGAAAGAACGAGAAACUAUAGAACACGAAUUAAAGGAGAUGUCAGAAACAAUAGAAGAAUGGAAAUUCAAAUAUGAAAAUUUGAAAGAGAAAAUGAAUUCAUUGGAAGUAAGUAAGGUAUCUAUUGAGAAUGGCUUUAGUAUGUUACAAGAAGAAAAUAAACGGUUAAUUGGAGAAAUAGAACAAAAAGAAAUGGCAAAAAAUAUAUUGAAAGAAGAAUUAGAAAGUAGAAUAGCAACGCUUGAAUCAAAUCUAGAAAAGGAAAGAACAAUUAUCAUUAAGAAAGAGGAUGAAAUAAAUAAUUUGAAAGAAAGCUUAGAAAGUAAAAAUCAAGAUUUGCAAAAUAAAUAUUUACAAAAUGAGAUGAUGGCCAUAGAUAAUUUCCAAUACGAACUUAAUAAUUAUAAAAUUGAUAUUCAACAAAAAGAUCUUCGAAUUGUUUCAAUAUCGCAGGAAUUAGAAAAAGUUAACGAUGUUUUGAGAUCGAAGGAAGAUGAAAUCUAUUCUUUAGAAAAGAAACAUUCGGAAUUACAAGAAAAAUUACGCGAGUCGGUACCUCGUACAGAAUAUAAAAAAUUAUUAGAAGAAUUACGCGAUGACGCGAUGCUUAUUAAUAAUAUGCAAAGUAAACUUGACGAACAUAUGAAAGAAAAAAAUGAAUUAUUAGUUCAAUUGGAAAGCAUGUCUCAUCAGAAUCAAGAAGUACAAUGUCAAUUGAUAGAAAAACACGAAGAACUUCAAAAUGUUUUGAUGAUCAAAAAUGAGUUAAAUGCACAAAUUAUAGAAACAGAAAGAACUAAAGCUAAUGCAAAGAAAAGAAUAAUGGAUAUUGAAAGUUCUUUGGAAAACAAUGCUAAAUUUAUCGAUGAAUUACAGUCUGAAUUAAAAGAUGCCUAUAUACUGAUGGAACAGUUAAAAGUUAAACAUCUAGAGGAUAUAGAAAUGCAUAAUCGAAGACUCGAAGAUACCAUAGAAGAAUUAAAUAUCAAAAUUCAAGAAUGCGAAAGUUUGAAAACUGAGUUAUUAGAGAAAGAAAAGCUUAUUAGUCAAAAUCUUUUUGAAGAAACUAAAAUUACUUUAGAGACUAAAGUUACUGACCUAGAACAGAAACUUGUUGAUUCUGAAAAUAAAAAACAAGCCCAAUUAGAAAAAAUGAAGAAAAUCGUAGCGACUUUAAAAAGAAAAACUGCCAUGUGUCAAGAAUUCGAAGCAAGAAUUGCAGAAUUGGAAGAGAAGUGGACAAGUGAAAAGGACGAAAAAGAAGCGAAAAAUAAGAAAAAUCAAGAAGUUGAGAGUUCUAUGCGAGAGAAGGAUAAUAAAAUAGCUGAUUUGGAGGAGAAGUUGAGUAAAGCUAAAAGUGAGACAGCUGAUUCUCUUGAGCAUGUCGAAAGACUUACAAAUGAAAGUGCUGUUCUUAAAGAUAAAAUGUUUUUACUCACCAAUCAAAUUAGUGAAUUGGAAGAUGAAUUGCAUAGGCGCAUAGCACAACAUACCACUGACAUGGAAGCUGAAAAAUUAGCUAAACAAAGUGUUAUCAAAGAAUGUGAAUCUUCCAAAAAAGAAAUUCUUCAAAAAUAUGAUCAACAGCAAUUGAUUCUUGAAGAAACGAAAGAAAAUGCAAGAGAGCUUAGUGUACGCAUGCAAGUUAUGGAAACAGAAUAUGUAGAACACCUUGGAGUGAUAAAACAUCUUCAAGCUGAAAAUUGUUUAUUAUCGUCGAAACGAAUACAGGUUAAUGAAAAAUUGGAAAAUGUAGAAAAAGAGUCAGAAGAUCGACGAUUGCUUAUUGAAGAAUUACAAAAGAAAAUUGUUAUGUCGACUGUGGAUCAGAUAACUCAAACUUCGGAAGAUGAAUUGGGACACGAUACAAGAUCAAUAGUACAACAAUGCGAUCAUUGUGAACAAUGCCAAACCAUAGUACAGGCAUUAGAGGCUAAACUUCAGGAACGAGAAGCUGAAAUUGAAAAUUUGGAUAAUGAAUUAGCUAAUUCUAUUGGUAAUUUUGUUCAAAUGCGUGAAUCUUUAAGAUUCAAUGAUAUGAUGAACCAAUCCACUAUAAGAAAUAGAACGAUGGAAGAUCCUUACAACGAUCUUUUAUAUCAAUAUAAUACAUUAUUAGCCAAUAACGAGGAAAUUAAAACUAAAUUGGAAAACGUGGUCAAAGAAAAUAAGGAAAUUGUUGAAAAAAGUAAAACUCAUGAAGCUUUGAAUGUAAGUUUGCAAGACAAAAUUCUUGCUAUGGAGAAAACUUUAAUGGAAGAUGAAAAAUAUAAUGACUUAUUGAAAAAGUAUAACGAUCGGGAAAGUGAAUUACAAAAUUUACAAGAAAAACUAGAAGCUAUGGAAAAUGAAAUGAAACGAUCUGUAGAAAUGUUUCAAAGUGAAAUAACUGUACUUAAGUCUGAAAAGGAAGAAUUAUUAGAAAAGUAUAAAUUAUUAAGCAGUCAGAAAGAAGCUUUGGAACAAGAAUUGGAACAUCUUAAGAUAGAGAAUAAUGAGCAUAAUCAAAGGUUAAUAGAAUUACAAUCAGAAUUAGAUAAAUUUAAUCAGAAAAAUACGACACUGAUCGAAGAAACGGUUAAUAUCAGCUUGACAAAAAGUAGCGAUUUGGAUAUCGUACAUGAAGAAAAAUAUACUUCACCUCAACUCUUUGAUGCUUCGAAAAUUUUCGGACCUCAGUAUAAUAUAGAUGAACAAAAGGAAACAGCGAAAUUACAGGAUCUCGUUAAUAACAAAGAUAUAGAAUGUUUAGCUCUUAAAAAAGAAAUUGAUAGUUUACAGAAACAAAUGAACGAAGAUAAAGCACAAAUGUUGCUUAAUCAUAACGCAUAUGAAGAAGAAUUAACAAUUUCUCAGGAACGUUGUCAAACAAUGCAAAUAAAAAUAAACAAUUUGCAACUGGUAAUAGAUGAUAAAGUUAAACAAAUUGGAUUGUUAAACGACGAAAUGAAUAACGUUCAUAAUCAACAAGAAAGUGUUAAUACGCAAAUUGAAGAAUUAAAAAAGACAAAAGACAGUGAAAUUCAAUCUUUGCAGGUGGAAUUAAAUACUACAAAAGAUAUUAUAACAUCGUUAUCUAUGCAAUGUGACGAACAAAAUAAUUUCAUAGAAAUGUAUAAGUUGCAAAUUAGUAAUUUAGAACAAGAAAUACGCAAUAACAUGAAUAAUGACUCGACACUUGAUUUACAGCAUCAAUUAAUGGAAAUUACGAAGGAAAAAGAUAUGUUGCAAUUGCAAAUGAAUGACUUAACUCGAUCUUUAGAAGAAUUAAAACAACAAAAUAUUAUUUUACAAAGUGUCAAAGAAGAGGAGUCGACCAGAAGUGCUAUACAAAAUUUGGAAGUAACUCCAAAAGAUGAGAAUAAAUUACAAAAAACAGCAAGUGGAAGCAGCGAGUUAACAGGAAUACAAACGACACCUGUUAUGGAACAAAGUACAAAUCUGAGUGUUGAUGACACAAAUGAUAAAUUCAAUACUGAUGAGGAUACUUGGGGUUGGAAUGCUGAUGAUGUACAAACAACGGACGAUCAUCAUGAUACCCAUUCCCCAAUUUCAAUAAUUCCUAGUGUAGAAAUACAAUUGCGUACAAAGAUUGAUGAAAUGGAAAAGAAAUUAUUAGAUUUAGAAGAAGAAAAAGUGAAAUUGAUAGAAGAAAAUAAAACUUUACAAAUAAGAAGUGGUAAGAUGGUGAAAAAAUUAAAAGAGUAUAAAGUUCAGGUUGAAAAUUUGCAACAACAAUUGAAGAGUCAAAAAUCUAUGACUGGUUUAUGUGAAUUAGAUUCGGCUAUCGAAGAAGAAUUAAGACUUCAGAUUACCGAAUUAGAGAAAAACUUAAAAGAAUCGAGUGCGGAACAUAAGCACCUGCUUGUUGAAAAGGAAAAUCUCUUAAAACGUAUCAAUGUGCUUGAAUUGGCUAAUGAAACAUACAUAGAUAUGAAAGAAAAGCAAGAUAUGAAUAUGGAAGUUCUUAGAUUAGAAAACAAAGAUCUUACGAACAAGAUAAAGUCCUUGGAAGGUAGAUUUUCGGAAGAAAAUAUAACAUCUGAAAGUGAACAGGAAUUUGCAAUGUCAGCUAAGCAACUGCAGAAAAGAGCUACUGAAGAUGUAACACCAGACAUUAAACAAUUAUGCGAUAAACAUAAGGAAGAAUUGGAAGCUCUAAAAGACGACAUGGAAGCCCUUGCCACAGAAAACGAACAGCUUCAAAAUUAUUUGGAAGAACAGAAAUCAAGGAUAUCGACGCUUGAAGGAAAAUUAAUAGCUGGGAAAAAGGAUAGUCAAGAAUUGAGGGAAGUUAAAGAAAGAAAAGAUGAGUUGCAAGAUCUGUUAGAGAAGUUAGAAGAAGAAAAUAAAGUUUUGAAGAAACGAUUUGAAGAACGUCUUGGUGACAUUUCCAAAGAAACUCUUCAAAUGGAAGAACAAAUAAAGGAACUUAAUCAACAAUUAGAACGAUCCGAAACAAGAACAAACGAGUUAGAGAAAAGAGAGGAAAAUAUUCUCGAAGAGAAAUCCAAAAUGGAGGAAAGGAUAAAUAAAGCUAAAAUCACAGAAGAAAAACUUUCUGCUGUGUCGGAAUCGUUAACAGAAGUUACAGAACUUUUGAAUGCUCGAGUACAAGAAGUAGCUGAUCUAAAACAAGAACUUCAGAAACAAUACGUAGCUCGUCAGGAAGCUGAAGAAAAAUUACAAAAUAAUAUACAAGAUUUAACUUAUGAAUUGAGGGAAAGGAAACAAGAAUUAGAUGAUUUACGAGGAGCCUUUAGUGUUAAAGAAAGCGAAUUGAUUCAACAAAAGAGCGUUGAGACCGUUAGUUUACUUGUGAGCGAAGCUACGCAGGAACUCGUGCAAAAGCAUGCGAUUGAUAUUGAAGAUAGAAACAAAGAAAUUCGUGAUCUUCGUGAUAAAUUAAACGCAUUACAAAUAACCAACGAUGAAUAUGCCUCUGAAUUAGUAAAGAGAUCUACUCAAGAGGAAACUGUAAUAUCCUUGUCACAAAAUCUUAAUGAAAAAGUUAUGCUUUUGGAAACUAUCAAGGCUGAAUUAUUACAGACGAAAGAAGAAUUCCAGCAACAUCAAUUGCAAUGGGAAAGUGAAUCGCGACAACAUUCGUUGGAUACCGAAAAAUAUUUGUCGACGAUCGGUCAAUUGGAAGAUCGUUUGCGCGAAUCCGAAUAUGUAUCAAGAAAAUUGCAAGAACAAGUCACGAGUUUAUCUCGCUUUGAGCAAGAAAUCGUAAAUUUACAAGCAACUUUAUCGGAUAAGGAAUUCGUUUUGAAUAAAUUUGAAGAAGAAUUGCAGAGAUCUAAAGUGUUAUUAAACGAGAGGGAUGCGGAAAUAAAGGAGCUACGAAUUGAAUUGCAACAUUUCGAUGAAAUGAAAAAAGGUCUCCAUGAAAGUGCGAACGAGUUCAUUUAUUCAACUGCAGAGUUUGAAACGAUACGUAAAAAUUUGGAAAUGACUAAAGAAGCUUUGAAAGAAACUGAAUCUUUGCUGAAAGUGACAGAAGAAAAACUUAACGAGAAACAAAUGGAAUUGGAUAGACUUUCUUCUAAUAAUUCUUUCCUUCAAAAUCAACAAAAUUCCACUACGGGCGAUGGUUUACCAUUAUUUAGAAUGGGAAAUGAUAAUGAAGAGAUGCUUCGUAAUACGAUAGAAAAUUUGAAGAUUCAAUUAGAAGAAAAACAACAAGAAAUAGAACACUUAAAAUACAUUAUUGAAGAGAAUACCUAUCCUAGAAUAAUUCAAGAAAUGCAAGUUAAUAUUAAUCUUCUUUACAACGAAAAAGCACAAUUAGAAAAUGCAUUGCAAACAGCUCAGCAUAGUUUAUUAGAGAAGCAAAAUCAAAUUGAAAGUUUAACUAAACAUUUAGAUGCACCAGAAAAAGAGGACUCGACUUUGCUUACGAGAGAAAGAGAUCGAAGAUCAAUUCAAGAUCAAGAAGAGAUCGUGAAAUUGCAAAACGAGUUGCAUGCAAAGGAACAAGAAAUAAACGAAUUGAAAUAUGUCAUAGCUGAGAAGGAUUCCCAAUUGUCUCAGGUCAAUUUGGAUCCUUCCUCGUACGAUUACGAAUUACGUGAGAACUUGCAGAGCUUAACGGCAGAAUUAUAUGCUAAAGAACAAGAAAUUCAGCAAUUAAAGACGAGUAUAGACGAAGCUCAAAAUGAGAUCUUACGUUUGAAGGAUCUCGAGAGGAUUUCAGAAGAAACUAGAAAUAUGAUCGAAAGAUUGACCUCAGAGAAAGAAACAAUUCGAUUGGAAAGCGAAGAACUUCUGGAAAAGAAACUAGCAGAAAAGGAAUCGGAAAUUGAUGCCAUCAAACAAAGAUUAUCAAUGGAAAACGAAGAAUUCCUUAAUAAGCUUAGAUCUAAGGAUCACGAUGUAGAGAACUUUAAAAGACAAUUGGAAACUUGGUCGAUGGAAUUUGAUGAGGCUUUACGUCGUAAGGAUGAAGAAUUACAAAUAGUAAAUAUGAAUCUUCAAGAAAAGGAUAAACUUAUCUCUGAAUUGACUUUUAUAAAGGAAGCAGAAAUUCGUAACUUGACCAUUCAAAUUCAUGAAAAGGACAUACGUAUUGAGGAACUCAUUGAGCUAUAUAAAAAGGAUCAAAAAGAAUUGGCAGAGUUAAGACAGUAUGUUGAAGAAAAGGAAAGUGAGAUUAGAGAAUUGACCGAUCGAUUGGAAAGUAAAGUUAAGGAAUAUGAAAUGAUUCAACGUGCUCUGAAGAAAGAUUUUCCUAUUGCCGAAGCAAUGAAAAUUCAGGAAGGUCAAGAAAUAGAAAGGACGAUUUUAAAUACCUCCGAUAUUCUCGAAGGAAGCGAAGAUUCGAAAUAUUCGAACGAACUCGACCUCGCUCUUUACAUGCUCCACCAACGAGAUGUCAGAUGCGAAGAAUUAACCCACGAAUUGAUGCAAUUGCUCGAGGAACGUGACACCUUGCAAUUGCGAUUAUCAAAUGCUAUUCGAAUAAACGAAGAAUUACGAAAAAUAUCAUCGUCCGAUUCGAGCCCGAGAAAGGAUGCUCCAGCUUCCUCAGAAACGACGGAUGAACCCCUCAUCGAGCAUCCUUCCCCAUCGAAAUCGGAUGGACCCGUUGAGAUAGCCAAAGAAGCCAUAGACGCACCGAUAGAAGAAGAUAAAGCAGCUCUCUCUCUGAAGCUGUCGCAGUUACAUACGGUUGGCCAUACAAAGGACGUACGGUUAAGGGAUGAACGAGAAUUGAGGCACACGCAACAAAUGUCUUUACUAGCACAUAAAGAUGUCCUAAGUACGCUACCUCCGGAAGCUGCUGCAAAACUUGUUAAUGCGAACUAUACGCUCUCACGGGACGUUCAGAGUCAGUCGAGCGUUCUCUUAAAUUGGCUAUGGGGGAAAAGCACACCGAAGGUGAUGCACAUGUGAUGAAUGAGCAACGGGAGUGAAACGGACUACAUCCUUAUCUUUUGGUUACAUUCCUGCCAAGUGCCAACUGCCAAGAUUUUUUCUGCAGUUAGGGGUCUCUUGUAGUUAAAAUCGAGAUAAAGAAAAAGGCGCUUCAUUUUCGAACGAACGAAACUGUUAUAAUUAUACAGCGAACUUUUCGUAGUUUUGAAAAGUCGCAUGCGUCUUAUGAAACUCCGGUGGCCACUUUAGAUUACUUAGAAACGAAUUUUCUUUUCUUCUCUUGUUUUUUUUUUUUUUUUUAUUUUGUUUAUAGAUAAGUCACGUAAUGUUUAGAGAUCUAUAUAAAGUCUAAUAACGAUAUACGCGAUAAUAACAUAAGGCUUUUAUUAGGGGUCGCUAUCUUUGAGGGAAACUCCAAUAAAAAUAUGUUCUUUAUUGUAUAAUACUUGUACAGCCUGCGAGCUCUUGUAUAAUACGAGAAAAUGAUUCCCACUAUUAGUAAUUAUUUUAAUUUCUGUUAUAUUUGAUUAGGUGGGGAUAGUAAUCGUUUCUAGUGCAAAUGAAUGAUUUAAUCGAAUAUAAGUUUGUUCGAACGAUUAAUUUUUUUUUCCAGUUUCUAUAUGCAUAUAUGUA